AAACUGAUCCAGGCUGUUGAUUUCGCCCAUCGUGCAACAUACAAGGCUAUCCAAGUUCCUGGUUUCAAUCCCAAUGACGGUGGGUUUUCAGACAUCAAAGAUCCAGAAUACAAACCAUCGUCGCCCAACGGAUGGACAAACGGAACUGCCACUCAGGGUAACAACGUUAAUGCUGUCGACUUUACAAAAUCACCGCCAGCUCCAGGAACCGGCAUUGAUGGUGUGUUUGACACUAAAUUCAAUCCAGAAGCUGAUCCCAACGAUCCAGACAACAUGCAGGCAGCUGCUGUAAAUUUGUUUUAUAUUGGCAACCUGAUGCACGAUAUCACAUACCAGUAUGGUUUCACCGAGGCUGCAGGUAAUUUCCAAAAUGACAACUUUGAAAAGGGCGGUAAAGGCGGUGAUGCUAUCAGUAUUAGCAUUCUGGACUCGUCGAGUGUCAACGAUGCUGUAUUCCUGACACCUUCUGAUGGCCAGCCUGGUAAAAUGAAAAUGUUCCGAUUUACCCGCGUCAAGCCUAACCGCAGUGGUGGUUUGGACAAUCAAGUUCCUUUGCACGAAUAUGGUCAUGGUGUUUCGACUCGUUUGACAGGUGGAUCUUUGGCGCCUUUGUGCAUGUCGGGCCAUGAAACUAGAGGUAUGAGCGAAGGUUGGUCCGACAUAUUUGCCAUGAUCGUGACUGCCAAAGAAUCCGACAAAGCCGACACGCCAGUUAUCCUUGGAGCGUAUGUUAUUAAUAAACCCGAAGGUAUUCGCUCGCAUCCUUACACUACGGACAUGAAAAUCAACCCUUUGACAUAUGGCGACCUUAAAACCCGCACAGAGCUGCACGAGGCUGGUGAGGUGUGGGCAGCCAUGCUUUGGGAAGUUUACUGGAACUUGGUCACCAAGAGUGGAUUUUCUACCAAUCUCUACGAUGCCAAGGGCAAGGCUGGCAACAUUGUUGCUAUGCAGAAUGUGAUGGGUGGAUUGAUGCAUCAGCCAUGCAGUCCUAGCUUGGUCAAUGCUCGUGAUGCCAUUAUUGCGUCCGAUGCAGCCUAUUAUAAUGGGGCCAACAAGUGCGAGAUUUGGAAGGGAUUCGCCAAACGUGGUCUGGGAGUAAAUGCA